CACAAUUCGGCCCGUUCGGUAUCUCAUUGCAGUGUUUCGGUGUAAAUGAGUGCGUGUCCAUUGUGCAGCAUCCAGCUUACUCCGCCACCAGAGUAAACCAAACAAACAUGCCGGAGGAAGCGAUCAAAAAUGAGGGUGAAAUCGAAAACGUUCGCGUCGUUGUGCGGGUUCGGCCGAUGGACAAAAAUGAGCUCGAUGCCCACUGCCAUAACGUAAUCAAGGUGGACAAAGGGAACCGCAGCAUCACCGUCGUCAAACCGAGCGCAAACUCCAGCGAGCCCCCGAAAGUGUACUACUUUGAUAACGUUUUUGGCGAAGAUUCGACACAGAUCGAUCUUUACGUGGACACGGCGCGACCGAUCGUGGACAAGGUGCUGGAAGGAUACAAUGGCACCAUCCUCGCGUACGGCCAGACGGGCACCGGCAAGACGUACACCAUGUCGGGAAACGCGGACUCCCCGCAGACGAAGGGCAUCAUCCCGAACACGUUCGCGCACAUCUUCGGGCACAUUGCGCGCGGCAAGGAGAACCAGAAGUUCCUUGUCCGCGUCAGCUACAUGGAGAUCUACAACGAGGAGGUGCGCGAUCUGCUCGGUAAGGAACUGAACAAAAGCCUCGAGGUGAAGGAGCGGGCCGACAUCGGAGUGUUCGUGAAGGAUCUGAGCGGCUACGUGGUGCACAACGCGGAUGAUCUGGAUAACAUCAUGAAGCUGGGCAACAAGAACCGCGUGGUCGGUGCGACGAAGAUGAACUCGGAGUCGUCGCGUUCGCACGCGAUCUUUUCGAUAACGAUCGAGUCGAGCGAAACGGACGAAGCCGGGCGGCAGUACGUGCGGAUGGGCAAGCUGCAGCUGGUCGAUCUGGCUGGCUCGGAGCGGCAGAGCAAAACCCAGUCUUCCGGGAUACGGCUGAAGGAGGCCACCAAGAUCAACCUGUCGCUGUCGGUGCUCGGCAACGUGAUCAGUGCGCUGGUCGAUGGCAAGAGCACGCACAUUCCGUACCGCAACUCGAAGCUGACGCGCUUGCUGCAGGACUCGCUCGGCGGCAACAGCAAGACGGUAAUGUGUGCCAGCGUCAGUCCGGCCGAUACCAACUACGUCGAGACGAUAUCGACGCUGCGGUACGCGUGCCGGGCAAAGAGCAUCGAGAAUCUGGCGCACAUCAACGAGGAACCGAAGGAUGCGCUGUUGCGUCACUUCCAGGAGGAGAUCGAAGAGUUGAAGCGCCAGCUGGAGGAGGGCAUCUUCCAGCAGGGCAUCGAGAGUGGCGAAGAAGAGGAGGAAGGUGAGGACGAUGGUGUGGACGACGACGAAGAGGACGCGGUCGAGGAGGAGUGCGAGGCCGGCGAGGACCGCGAGCGGGAGCGUCUGGAGCGAAAAGAGAAGCGCCGUAAGGAGCGCGCCCGGGAGCGCAAGGAAAAGAUUGACGCCGAGAAGGAGCUGCUCGAGAAGAAGGCGAUGGAGAACCAGCAGGAAAUCAAAAAGGCUAAAUCGGAGCAGGAUCAGUUGCGCGCGAAGCUUUCCUCGUUGGAGAACAAAAUUCUCGUCGGCGGUGAAAAUCUGCUCGAAAAAGCGAAAGAGCAGGAGCUGCUGCUCGAGAACUCGCUCACCGAGCUCGAACACCGCACCAAGACGGAGCGGGAGCUGAAGGAAAACCUGCAAAAGAUCGAAGCCGAGCGGAUCGACAUCGAGGAGCGGUACAGCUCGCUGCAGGAGGAGUGCGUCGGCAAGACGAAGAAACUGCAGCGCGUCAUGUCGAUGCUGAUGAGCAUCAAGUCCGAACUGGCCGACCAGCAGCAGGAGCAGCAGCGCGAGAAGGAGGGCAUUUACGAAAACAUUCGCAGCCUGUCGCGAGAACUGGCCCUCUGCGAGCUGGUCAUUAAUUCGUACAUUCCAAAGGACUAUCAGAAUAUGAUCGAAAAGUUUACCCACUGGAACGAGGACAUCGGCGAGUGGCAGCUCAAGUGUGUCGCGUACACCGGCAACAAUAUGCGCAAAAACGUCCCAGAACCAAAGGUCAACACCAAAGAGACGGAUCUGAUCGACCUGUCGCACGUGUAUCUCAGCUACAACACCGACGCGGUCACGGAACCGAUACGCGCCAAAACGGCCCGACCGCGCACCUCGGGUAUAGCGCGGCCGACGACGGCCAGAAAGUAUUACUAGAGAGGCUCAGGGGCGUCGAUCUUGUACUGCUGUUCCUUUACUAUGAUUUCAGUUACGCACACGAUGAUCCCUGUUAUCGUUUUGUCUUCAGCACGACGCUUGCGAUGUGUGUUCUUAGUAUGGAUAGUUAUUAACGCACGUGUGUCGCACACAAUUUUCCGCUACACCGAUGUGCAAUUUAAAGAAACUAGUCGCUUCACGAUCUGUCGAUCGAACUGUGGUUUGUGUUGAGCACAACCGGGCAAUUCCGCGCGAACGCUACCGCGUCGGAGCAAAGGGGACGGAUUGUUUAUUUAAGACAUUGUUUAGGAAGGUAUUUACGUUCACACUUACUACUCUUAAGGGUCUAACCAAAGGGACUAACGCGCGCAUUCACGCGCCCACGGCUAUGCUUCGUGUGAUGGGGUUUUUUGCGUUAGGUUAAGCAAAUGUAGGACAUUAUUUCAACUACCAUCGAUCAUUACUAACUUAUACAUUUCAUUUCGUUAUCAAUUGCUGGAAAUGACACUUACAUAGUAACCAGUGUACUCGUUCCCGUCGGUUCUAAUAUGACAGAAUUUGACAGAGGGUUCAAGGAUGGACGCAAAUACUUGCUAACUCCAUUCAUCAAACAGCUUCAUUUAAUGUUUGCAGCCGCAGCCAAUACGAAAACAGAGAAACGAACUAUUUUUAGCCUUUUGCAGUAGAAGGAUAAAUUUGAAAUCCAUAAACGUAGAACAAUGCUGUGGUUGUGACAAUAUUCCAGUAACGUUAGUUCGAUUUCGUUUGGCGUGUGUGCAUCUUACCAUUUCGGUGCCAGUGUUCCCUUAACACGCAUUCUGCAAUGAGUUCUUGGCACAUAUCGCCUUCUGGGGUUGGCGUUAGUUUGUUUUUUUUUACUUUAAGUUUCAAUCUACAAUCGAAAGACUUCGAGGCGUCCAGUGCCCAGUAGUGGGGUUGUCGUUGCACCGAAGAUUGGAGGGAAUUAAACGCAGAAGAAGGGAUCCGUUACAUGCAGGGCUAGUCAUACUAUUGUUGCAUUCGAAGCCACAGCAUCCCCAUUUUUUGUUGCAACGAUUAGUUCUCCAUUCGCAUCAUGAAACAUUAGAAACGGCUACCAAUCGAUGAAAUGUGGACGAUUAAUACUCAACGCACGGUUUGUGCACAUUUGUAUCAAGUCUUUUGAAAU